AUGCCCCCCCCAACUAGUAUUUCUCCGAGUCGAUCUACCCAGGUCGACAAACAACCUCCUCGCCCAAGGCCGGGAAAUGACUCUCGGCGAGACAGCCACAAUUCUGAUGAAGGGAAAGCUGCACCUUUGCCAUCAGUCUAUCCUACGCCUCCACUCCCCCCAGUAAUCUUACUCAAAGGCGAUGAGAAGGACAAGAUUGCGGAGUGCAUUCUUAAGGAACGGGAACGUGAAAUCCAGGAGAAAGAGAAGAUCCAAGAAAUUGAAGAAAGUAAUGGAUGGAAGUUCACUAGUGACACGGCGGGAAAAAUGUAUUUAAAAAUUCAGGAAAAGGAUACAAGCACCUUCAUCGAAUGCAAUAAUUUUGCAAGAGAAUGUAAGAAAGCUAUCCGAUCAGACCCACGAGCUGAUUCACGAGUGGACUCGAAGAGGAAAGGGGCUCCGGCCCCUGAUCUUAGUAUCUUGUUGACUUCGGAAACUAAAGCAGAGCAUCGGAAGAGACUGUACACAUUAUUGACGACAAAGAACAGGUAUGCCCAGUACUGGACAAUCGAAGACCUUCCCAGUGAAUGGCUCAAGAUUGACAAUGAGGCUUUGUAUUCAGAAAAGGACCAAAUGGCGCUAUUGCAAGACGUUGAGAAGAAGAAGAGAGCCCUGGAGAAGUCAAAGCCUGGGGGCAAGGUAGAACUUGGAAGACAUAAAGAGCGACACAGGCUUCCAAUGAAUGAUGUGAAAAGAACAAGUGACGAUAGACAAAAAGAAGGUCACCAAGGGCCAGUAAAUAAAUUCGGAGUUGAAGGGAUGAUCGCUACUGAGAUGCGAAGAAGCAGUAGAGAGAAUCUUGAUAGGGGAGCCCAUGGGGAACGCCGAAUGCUGGAAGAUGAGCUCGAAGGGGAAAUUUCUAAAAACAGGCCAAGAAUCCAUGGCACAAAAGUUGAUAAGAAAAUCAAAAACACACAGCAAGCACCGACAAGUGAGGCCGGAAGGGAACAGGUUGUUGUUGAAAAACCAAGAGGCAAUACUAGGACGGAAAUCGAUGAACGAACCAAAGAAGGACUUCGAGGGUCAGGAAAUGAGGUCGCGAAGACAAGGACGGCCGUUGCUGAGACUUUAAGACAUAAUGGCAAAAAAGGAAUUGAUGAGAAAUCCAAAGGGGAACUUCAAGUGCUAGGAGAUGAAAUCGCAAAGGAAAAGUUGGUUCCUAGUGACAGGCCGAGAGUUGGUAAUCCAGAAGCAAACGGAAGACUCAGGAACACACAUCGAGCGCCAAUAAAUGAGACUGAAAAGGAACAAACACUUGUCGAGAAACCUAGAGUUGGCAGUAAGGUAAAAGACGACGGUAAUUUCAAUGAAGAUAAUGUACUACCUGACAAGCGGUAUGGCUCAGCUGCGAUAGACGCAGUGGGAGAUAAAAAGACAGUGGCUAUAGAGAGAUUAAGAAAUGGUACAGCAGAAACCAAUAAGGGAUCCAAGGACGAUAGUGUACUACCCAAGAAGAGGCAUGUCUCAGAUACAAUAGAUGAGGCCGGGAAUAAACGAGUCAUGGCUGUGGAUAAGUCAAGAAAUGGUAAAGCAGAAAGUGAUGGCAGAUCUAAAGAUAAUGGCCUACCAUCUAAGAAGAGACAUGGAAAUCAAUAG